AUGCCUUUCCGCGAAGAUGAGCAGGAGAUGGAACAUAUAAAAGCUUUGCUGCGGCGCGCCGAAUAUUACGCCGAUGCUGACGAGGAAGAGUGGUGGGGUCGCAUUCUGGAAGAAGACCGAGCAGGUGACCAGUGGAACAUGGACAAGUUGUAUGCGACCGUCGCUUUGUUGAGUCUUCUACCCAACCUUAAGACGCUGCAAUUACCUGAUAGGUGGCAUGAGGUCAGAGAGGGUGAGAGCGCCGAAGCUCUCGUUUCUCAUGUGCAGUCGCUCGUCGCCAUGUCUAAUGCAAAUGGGCACCGACAAAAGCCCCUGGCCCGGCUCGAGACUUUGUUGCCGUUCGUGGAGGAAGGCUAUGACGUCAGAGUUGGCCUGCAGUGUCUUGCGCCCUUUAUGACACUUAACAGUAUCCGGAACAUCUACGCUGUCAGCUGCGUGGCGGUCGACGAGGACUGGGGCGGCGUUCCUUUCAAUUGGCUUAGCCCAAAUGUCAAAUCUCCAUUGACUCGCGUCGAAUUUGCCUAUUGUUGCAUGGACGCUACCGGUCUUUCGGCUUUUCUUGCAAAUACCCCAGCUCUUGAGGUCUUUAAGUACUCACACCAAACGAAAUGGGAUGGUCUCGAACACGACUGGAAUGCGGGCGAAAUGCUCGAGACUCUAGCAAAUUACAAUAGCGAUACUAUUGUUGAACUCGCCAUCACCAUUGACGAGCUGCAUGGCGAGGUCGUGAAUGGCCUUUCCUCGUAUUUGCGAUUUACAAAAUUGCAGAAGCUGGAGGUUGAUGUCGAAUGCUUCUGUGGACCGCCUCUGGAGAGCGGACAGCGACAGGGCCGUGAUCCGCAUGUCCCAGCUGGAGCGAGGGCAUGGAGGCACAUCGACAUCCCUUGCAUGGGUGACAUGCUUCCGGAGAGUAUGAGAGAGUUGCACGUCAACACAAACUUCCCAGAGCCAUCUGAAGAGGCGCUCAGGGCUCUGUUCAAGAACAUCGUGGUGCGACGUAAAGACAAGCUCAUCAACUUACAUACGGCGAUCAUACGACAGUACGGGUCAUCCAGUGCGGGCAAGAUUGCCGAGAGCCAUGAUGUCAUUUUGGAAGUAUUCGGCGCCGAUGGUGACAACCUACUCCCAAGGUCCAUGAUGCCACUGUGGAAGAGAGAAUUCAACAGUCGCGUCGGCGGCAUCGUAUUCACAAAUAGCUAG